GAUUCCUGUGCAUGAUGCUAAUCGUGAAUCUUGUCCUGGUGCUCUUCGAACACAAACCAAACGCCAAACGGCCACUCCCUUUCCCUAGAGAAUUGUUGAUCAGACGGCGGCGCGCGCUGUAUUCAAGCAAGUACUCUCGCCGUACGACAUGUGUCUCCGGUGAUCUUUGCCGGGCCGCAUUUCCAGCUAUCAGCUAUCGACGACAAAAAUUCCCGAGGACCCGUUGAAUCCGCGAACCCGACGCCAAGUUGAGAACUUGAGACAGGCUUCAAGAUGCGCUUCAGCAAGUUGGGAAUCCUCGAGGACGAGGUCAUGGACCACGUCCCUGGCACCACUCGAUAUUUUGACGACCCUGAGAGGCCGCAAUAUGCUGCCGAUGGGACGACGGGCCUCAAGUGCGAUACCAGCGGGCCGGUGCCUAUCAUUCUCGUGCCCCAACCGUCUGACGACCCGAAUGAUCCCCUGAACUGGCCGCUAUGGAAGCGCGAUCUGAUCACAUUCAUCCUCUCCAUGACUGCCAUCUUCGCGACUGCCCUUGGUCCUAUUCUCGCCGCCAAUACGCUGACGCUAACUUUCGGUUACCUUGUCCCCUUCACCAAGAUCGCCGAACUGACUGGCUACUACCUGCUCGGCGUGGGUGUCGCCGCCUUCCUCUUUGUGCCUUCGGGCCGCAUCUGGGGCAAGCGCCAUCUGUUUGUUGCUGGCACCGUCAUCCUGAUUGCUACUAGCGCCUGGGGAGGCGCGUCCAACCGGAGGGGUGACUACACCAGCAUGGUAUGGGCGAGGGUCUUUCAGGGCGUUGCUACGGCUCCCUUUGAGUCACUGGUCAACGCCGCGGUGGGCGACUUGUACUUUGUGCAUCAACGCGGUAUACGUAUGGCCUUCACCAAUCUCGCAGUGUUUGGGGGCGCUUUUUUUACCCCUAUUCUCGUCGGCAAGAUCACACACUCCAUUGGAUGGCCCUGGACCUUCUACUUCAUUGCAAUCUUCUGCGGCGCAUGUCUGCCAGCCAUCUAUUUCUUCUGCCCGGAGACCGCCUACCGCCGGGACACGGCCCUCAAUCUUGACCUGUUGGACACCAAUAGCGACUCAAAUGCGAUUGGGCAAAAAGAGUCUACUGCUGCCUAUGAAUUACACGACAAUAAUGCUGCCAUCCAUGAACUACACGGCAACAAUGCCCAUGCCCACGAGUUAGACGGCAAUAACCCCCCUAUUCACGAGCUAGACGGCAACAACCCCAGUCACGGGCUAGACGCCAAUACUGACGCCCCUAGUCAUGGGCUAGACGCCAAUACUAACUCCCCUAGUCAUGGGCUAGACGCCAAUACUAACUCCCCUAGUCAUGGGCUAAACGGCAAUACUGACGCCCCUAGUCAUGGGCUAAACGGCAAUAACGCUCGAACGAAUGCUGUCAACGGAGAGGCCAACCAGUCUGGCGAAUCUAGCCGGGUAGUCGAAGCGAACGAAGCUGCCAAGCCGGUGAUGAGGCCAAAGGCGACAUUCCGGCAGUCGCUGGCAUUGUUCAACGGGAGGAAGACUGACGAGAGCUUCUGGAAGCUCCUGUUGCGUCCUCUUCCGCUCUUCCUGCAGCCCGCUUUCCUCUGGGCGUGUCUGAUCCAGGGCACAAUGAUCGGCUGGACCGUCUUCAUCGGUGUUAUUCUGGCUCAGUUUUUCCUGGCAACUCCGCUGUGGUGGAACGAGGUCCAAACAGGAUACGCGUACACGGGCGCCUUCAUCGGCGCGAUCCUGGGCUUCGUCAUUGCCGGUGUGUUGUCUGACUGGACCGCUCGCAAGAUGACUAAGUGGAACAACGGCGUAUACGAACCCGAGUUCCGCAUCGUGCUCGUCAUCCCCCAGAUGAUCCUGGGUUGCGCAGGCUUAUACGGCUGGGGUAUCACCGUCGACGGCCUCCUGCAUAGUCGCUAUCACUGGGCUGUCCCACUGACCUUCUUCGCCCUGGAAGUGGCUGGCAUGGUUAUCGGCGCCGUCGCCAGCUCUCUGUAUAUUGUAGAUGCCUACCGCGGUUUGGCCAUCGAGGCCUUCACCUGCAUGAUUGUUUUCAAGAACAUUUUCAGUUUUGCCCUGACUCUCAAGGCAUUUGAUUGGCUUGUUCGCUCAGGCUCCAAGGCUACUAUCCUGUUCAAUGCCUUGGGAUCUGUUCAGUUGGUUAUCUGCCUGCUCAGCAUACCCAUGUACAUUUUUGGCAAGCGAAUUCGCAGCUUUUUCUAUCGGAAUGACAUACUUGCAUUUUUCAAAGUCCGAUAGGGGUUGACAUUUUGGUCCAGCUGCUGCUCUCACAAGGAGCGGACUCGGUAACGAUUACUAUGUCUUUACAUAUUCUUAAUUCUUGUCAUAAUAUGGGUGGGAAAGUGGUCAGGAUAUAAUAUACCCAAUCAAGCGUACACAACACGGGCGUGCAGCCCUGCUAUUGCUGAGUAGAUUUCCAGAA